CCCCCUCUCUCACUCAGACGGAGGCAGUUGGUUCGCUCUGCUAUGCUGCGCCGCGUGUGUCUGGGACGCAGCAGUGAGAGAGAGAGAGAGAGAGAGAGAGAGGGCUGAGAGAGAGAGGGCUGAGAGAGCUGUUAUUUAGGUCUGUUACUGCAGACAGGAGCAGCUCGCCCUAGGGCAGCAGGAGACCAGAGAGCAGCAACGAUCUCAGAGCAGCAGAUACGGCCUGAGCCAGGCAGGAACCAGCCCCGCAUUCCACCCAAGGGGAAGGGGAACAGAAACACAAGUUCCUGCAGGGAAGAACAGCCGAUAGUGAAAGAGAGAGAGAGAGAGAGAGAGAGAGAGGAAGGAAGGAAAAGGUGACAGGAGGCAACAACCCACCAGAGCUACAGGACGGGUCGUUGUUAUCCUACAGUGGAGUGACCUAGCUACUCCAGGACGAAGGGAGAGCAGCAGGGUUUAGCUGUGUGGUCAGCAGGCCGGCCAGGGAAGGGAGGCCACCAUGUUUGACUGUAUGGAAGCUCUGGGAAUGGGUCCACGCCAGCUCUAUGAUGUCACCAGCCGGGGUGCGUGCAUGCUGCGGAAGGCUAACCCCUUUUUCACGGGGCUGGACCCCUUUGCCUGGACCGGCAGUGCCAGCAUUCAGUCUGUGGAGACCCAGAGCACGAGCUCUGAAGAAAUGGUCCCCAGUUCUCCAUCGCCGCCUCCCCCGCCACGCGUCUACAAGCCCUGCUUUGUGUGCCAGGACAAGUCGUCAGGGUAUCACUAUGGAGUCAGCUCCUGUGAGGGAUGCAAGGGCUUUUUCCGGCGCAGUAUCCAGAAGAACAUGGUGUACACCUGCCACAGAGACAAGAACUGUCAGAUCAACAAGGUCACCAGGAACCGCUGCCAGUACUGCCGGCUGCAGAAGUGCUUUGAGGUCGGCAUGUCCAAGGAAGCCGUGCGCAACGACAGGAACAAGAAGAAGAAGGACAUCAAGGAGGAACUGGUGCUGCCGGAGAGCUACGAGCUGAGUGGUGAACUGGAAGAGCUGGUCAACAAAGUCAGCAAAGCUCACCAAGACACUUUCCCCUCACUGCUUCAACUGGGCAAAUAUCACACUAAUUCCAGUGCUGACCAUCGAGUGCAGCUUGACCUGGGCCUGUGGGAUAAGUUCAGUGAACUCUCCACCAAGUGUAUCAUAAAGAUUGUAGAGUUUGCCAAGCGCCUUCCUGGAUUCACUACCCUCACCAUAGCUGACCAGAUCACCCUUCUCAAAUCAGCCUGCCUGGACAUUCUGAUGUUGAGGAUCUGUACACGCUACACCCCAGAGCAGGACACCAUGACAUUCUCAGACGGGUUAACCUUAAACCGAACCCAGAUGCACAACGCAGGCUUUGGCCCGCUGACAGACCUGGUGUUUGCCUUCGCUGGCCAGCUGUUGCCUCUGGAGAUGGAUGACACAGAGACAGGCCUCCUCAGCGCCAUCUCCCUGAUCUCUGGAGACCGCAUGGAUCUAGAAGAGCCCCAGAAGGUGGACAAGCUGCAGGAGCCCCUCCUUGAGGCCCUGAAGAUCUACGCCCGUCGCAGACGCCCCAAUAAACCACACAUGUUCCCUCGCAUGCUGAUGAAGAUCACUGACCUCAGAGGAAUCAGCACCAAAGGUGCAGAGAGAGCCAUCACUCUGAAGAUGGAGAUUCCAGGCCCCAUGCCUCCUCUGAUCAGAGAGAUGUUAGAGAACCCAGAGGCCUUUGAGGACCAGGCCGAGAGUAGUGGAGAGAGUUCCCCGCCCCCUGUCCUCCCACCCCCUCCUCAAGGCUCCACCAAGCCCCCCUCCACCAUGAAGACAGAGGCUGAGGAUGAGGAAGAAAGCUGGGGGACGGAGAAUGGCAGCGAGCCUUCCCCUGAGGAAGAAGAUGAUGACGACGAUGAUGAUGGGGGGGAGGAAGAUCGGGACAGGGGCUCGGACAGUGAAUGUGAAUCCUGGGCUCUGGAGGGUUGCAGCGACGAAGCUCGGAAGAGCCAUGCUGGUAGGGCGCAGUGAGGAGAACUGAAGAUAACACAUACACACUGACGUAAUCACACACAUGCACGCACGCACACACAAACACACACACAUCCUACCCCAAAAAUCGCUGGCCCUUCUCAAUCUCCCUUGAGCUCCUUACUGUACAGCUUUCUCUCCAAGCAGGACAGGACAGGACAGGACAGGGGUGCCUUAUUCCUGCCAGUGCAGACACUAUUAGCCAGGUGACAUGAAUCACAGGUUCCUGACAGGUGACAUGCAGAGAGACUAUUUUAAAACGGGAGACAACUUGAUUCAACUCCCUGAAGAUGCCGUGAUGACAGAAACAAUGGACUAUUUUUGACAAUGUCGUUUCUUUUUGUUUGUUUUUCUACAAAAAAAAAACAAAUGAUUUAUCUACAUAGAGGAACGGCCAAAACAGACAGCAUGAACUGAACAGUUGAGAAUUCCCAAUGGAUUCAAAGCACACAAGCCAAACUGAAUAUGCUAAUAGAUUUGUUUUGGUGCUUUAUUUUUAUUUUGAAUAUUAUUUUUAUUUCUUGUUGGGGGUUUUUCUUGACUUUUUUCUUUCAAUUUAUGAACAAGGCCACAUAUCUAUUUACCGUUAUAUUUUUGGUCUUUGUUUGUUAUCCUGGUUUUGUAUAUGAUUUCUUUCGUUUGUGUGUUUGAGGAGUUCUCCAGCUGAGAUAUCCAGGAGGAGAUUAAACAGAAUUGGCAGAUUUCUAAAUUGAUCUACUCUCUAGCUGCGCUGCUGGGUUCUUUGGGCACUUUUGCUCGCCAUAGAUGUCAAUGAUAAUCAACUCAGUAAUGUUGUGUUACAGUGACUCAAGUUGUGAUUUGUGUUGUUAUCAGGGGACUGGCAUUAAUCUAUGUGCUUUCUUUCAACGCAACAAACUAUGCUUUUGAUUGGAUAAUGUCUUUUUGUGCCAAAGUUAACAGCUCAUUUUUAUAAACAGUUUCAACGCUGUCAGGGACCCCCGCAUACCAAUCAGUGCCCACACACACGGAAUAACUACAAAACACACACACUCCUCAGAAAUAUAACACACACACGGAAUAACUACAAACACACACACUCCUCAGAAAUAUAACACACACACCUCAGACCUAUAACACAGACACCUCAGAACUUUAACACGCGUGCCAACUUGGCAUUGGUUGCUUUAGUCAGAGAGUCACUCCUGGUGGCGUCUGUAGCACUUUGUGACAUCUUGUCUCAAACCAGGCCACGCUAGUGUAGCAAAUCACCACCCAGUUCUCUGUUCCAAUGAUAACAGUUACAUUGCUGCCAAUCUCCUCUUAAAAGCAAUAAUACAACAGAAGAAGCACAGUUUGAUUACAUACAUAA